AUGGCUAACAACGUGACCGCUACCAGAGAAACUACAAGGCGUACUCACACUUACAGUUUCCAUCGUGAGGGCAUGACUCAGUUGGGACAGUUGGGUGGAUUGAUUACUGGUCACAAUAAAACAGUGUUCACUGAGAAUUAUGAGAAGCCUGAUUUGGACUACAUCGCCAACGCUCUUUAUUUGAGCAUAGGAGACGUUCAUGGAAAUUGGAAGAAGAAUGGUAACACUCAUGGUUUCUACAUGAGUUUCUUGAUUGAAAAGGCCCAAGAGUCGGCUAACAAAAAGAUGUGGGAAGCCUUCAACGCCCUUCUGGCCGUUCUGAUCUAUGGGAUCGUGAUGUUCCCUAACAUUCACAAGUUCGUUGAUCUGGCUGCUAUAUGUCUUUUUGUGGAUAAGAAUCCGGUCCCUACUUUGCUAGCUGAUACGUACUAUUCCGUUCACUCUCGAUAUGGGAAAGGAGGAGCCAUAAGAAAUUGUUUGCCGUUGUUAUACACCUGGUUUAAGUCCCACCUACCUACAAGUGGUCCUUUCGUUACUUCUACUCAGAAAUGGCCUCAAAGGAUCAUGGGGCUUACCGGAAAUGACAUUGUCUGGUGUCCCACUGGAAUGAACGUGGAGAAAGUUAUAACUAGCUGUGACAAGCCUUUGGACAAAGAGAUAUUCAAAUCCGUUUGCUUUGAAAAGGGAACCGAUCCGAAGGGUCUAGAAAAAGUGAGGAGUGCCUGGAAUAGCAUCCAUACAAAUGAUCAGAUUUCUCUAGGUGAAAAGAAUGCCGUUGCCAAACAAACCUACACAGAUUGGGUUGAAGAUAGAGUUAAAGAUCGCCUGUUGCCUUUCCCGAAGGUUAACCCAUUGUACGAGCAACCACCUAAGAUUCCAAUUGCCACUGUGCCUGCUGAGAAUCGUAUCCAGGUAGAUAUGGAAUGCACCCAAUUGCACGAAAAGAAGUCGGAUGCGCAACCGAAACAUUGUCUUGUGGACCAGAAAAGAGUUGAGUUGACACACGAAGCCAAAAUGCUGAAGGGAGGAUCUUCCAGAGUUCAAAAGAGGGCUAGAACGGAAAAAGGUGAAAGAGAUACUACUGUUAUUGUCGAGGAUCACUAG